AUGUCUUCUCGUUCGGCAGGUAGUUUCGACGAAAUAUCGCAAUGUGAGUCGGAAAAAAAGGACGAAUGUAUGGAAAAGUUAGGAUUUUAGACAUCGAAAGAUUGAAAGAAGAACGGAGAUUAACCGAUGUGUCCGUGCGCAAGAUGGAGCAAGAAAAGGCCGAGUUGAAUCGGAAAAUCGACGAAUUAACGAGCAGGAGAGACAGCACGGAUGCACGUCUCCAGGCCGAACGCGAAAGAGCCGAAAGACAGGACAGAGGGCUCAAAGAGGUGAAAUUUUACUAAAAGUUGCAGAAAUUUUUCUGAAACUUCUAGGCUUCUUUGAAUUUCCCAAAAAUCAGUUUUUAACUUGUCAAAAUUUCUGACCAACAUUUUUUCGAGUAACUCUGAAUUGCAAUAUAAUUCUAGGCCGAAAGCACGUACAACAAAAUAAUCGAAUCGCAAAAGAUGUUGGUGGAUUUCGUGCGCAAAGAGUAUCAGGACACGAAGCAUCAGAAAUACUGA